UUCAGCUGCUGGAGACAUCGACCAGGUUUGUGUCUCAGGAUGACCUCCAGCGUGUUCUCCGUCUUCUUCCUCCUCGCCUCUCUGGUUUUCUGCGUCUCGGCGGUCGAUCCUGCCGGCGUUAAAAUCAGAAUCACCAACCAGGCGCUGGACAUGUUGAACCUCCAGGCUCAGGCUAUUAUCCAGGAGCGGCUGCUCAACAGACCCUUUGAAACCUUACAGUAUGGACCCUGCAGCAUCAACGCGUUGACGUUUACUCAGAUGAACAUCCAACAGGCCACCCUUCGUUUCCAGCAGGACUCUGGUUUCCGGUUUGAGAUCCAAAACUUUGGCGUCAGAAUCAACUUCAAUCAGCAGAUCAAUGCGUGGUUGUUUCAGCACACUGCAGCUUCUCAGUUUGAAGUUGGAGGUGUCGCAGCCAACAUAGAAGUGAGUCUGAGCCGAAACGCACAAGGACGUCUGAGUGUCGCCAUGCCACAGUGCACGGCCACAGCCGACCGGAUAGCACUGAUGAACGGCGGCAUCUCAGGAACCGUGCUGACCGGGCUGCUAGACUGUCUGCGUCGUUUUUUCAAUCUCCUGGUUAGUCUUAUCCGUCUUUUCUGU